AUGCAAGCACACACGCCGGUGGUGCUGGAUGAUGAUUGUGAGAAGAUGCAGCGGGAGCAACCCCUAUCUUCCCCAGCGGAAGGUCGACAAGGAGGACAUCUCAUGGAAGAGUUGCCUGCACAGUCCACAUCACAGCCUCCACCGGGAUCAGAGGCAAAGCUACUGCGGGAGCCAUCCACCUGCCCAGUAAUGGAGCAGCAAGCCAUCCAGCUGCUGCCACUACUGCUGCCCGCAGGUGACGUGGCACUUGUACAAGUAUCAUCAGCUGCUGGAGGGGUAGACGGUGCACGCAUGCUGUCAUCAUCAUCAUCAUCUUCAGCAGCAGCAGCAGCCCCUUCAGCGGAAAAAGAUACCAGGAUGCCGUCGCGGGGCUGUUCAUUGCUGCGGCCACAACGGGCAGAAGGGGUCAGUGGCAGCGGGGAAAUAGUUGAAGUGGUGCCGUUGCCACCGCAGCUGUCGACACACUUGGUGCGAAAGGAAUCCACCUCUAGCAGUAUGGCCGACCAGCAGCAGCAGCAGCAGCAGCAGCAGGCACCAACUUUAUCACAACAAUUGCCGUCGGACGGGACGUCGACUGAUAACGGGCAAGCACCAACAUUUCCAUGGCCACCAGCAGAACAAGAAGGAACAGUGUCGGCGGCACUGUCGACAGCAGCCAAGGUCGAGGUAUCUGUGCCGACAACGGAGCGAGGCGCAUCAACAUCAUCAUCAUCAACAUCCUCACAGCGACCUUCAGCUGCUGAGGUCGCCGUGCAAGAGCAGGUGUCGUGGACUGAUGACGAGCAAGUGGAGCAACAGCCGCAGGCCAUGUCUUCGACACUCUCAUUAGAAGUUCGGAUGCUCGAACCCACCACGGUAAUUGAGGAGCAGCUCACACCGUUAUUCAAACCACCUGAUGCUGGACUAGAAGAUCUUUCCCUUCCAGUGGCAGAGGAACCACCGAUAAUGCCGCCGACACUGUCACUAGAGGUCAGGAUGUGCGAGGCCCCAUCAUCAACACCACCAGCAGAGCAACAGCCGGCAGUACUCAGCAGUAAGCAUUCAACAUCGGCAGCAGUGCCAUCAUCUUCCCAGCAGGCCAGCGGCACGCAGAAGCCAUCAUCACCAUUGACGACGACCGCGGUUGAUCACGAGCAACAGCUAAUGCCGUCGGCACUGUCCCUUGAGGUCAAGUUGUUGGAGACUUCCAUGCCACAGGCAUGGGAGCAACAGCUUUCGCAACCAAUGCUGCCACGUGACGAUGUUGGCGAGCUACCGGAGCGCCCACUGCUAGUAGCGGAUGAAGAGCUCAUACCAUCAAUGCUAUCCAUGGAGGUCAAGCUGCUGGAUCCUUCAGUGCCUGAAUCGGCAGGGGACCAACACCAUCUGCCAUUACCCUCGACGCUUUCCCUGGAGGUUAAGCUCCUGGAGACUUUCACAGCGCCAGCAACAACAGGAGGGCAGGAGCAACUUCACAUGCCAAUAACAGCCGUUCCUGGAGGCCCGGCGACCGGUCGCCGCUGGCGACACAUCCUGACACAAGUCUGCGUGUCUGCCCUGUGCAUCACCAUCCUGCCGCGGGUGAUUCCGGCUGUGCUCAAGGCAUGUGGCCAGAAUGCGGUGUGCUAUCAUUCGACCACCUGA